CAGAACCCACCCGCAUCUCAAUUUUUGCUGUCAUGAACACAACAGCCACUGAAACCCCAGAGGCCAUCGCCGUGUGGUCACAGCACCUCACGUCUGUGGAGGCAUUGACGUUGGUUGGCUUGCCAAUUGCAUCCUCCGUGUUGAUCUAUGUCUUGCUCCGCGUCGUUUGGAAGCCAUUGAUGUUGGCUCCCAAGUACUCGUUGCCACUGGCGUCCAACGUCCCGCACUAUGGCGCGACCACACAAGCCCCGUCAACUCGACGCAGUCCCAUCGAAGAAGGUGAAGUCGCGGGCGACUACGAAGACAACUGGGUCAACACGUUCGACUUUGUGUUCUUCAUUGGCAUGGUCUUGUACCUGGUGGUCAUGGUGGUGCUGACCUACAUUUACAGCCCCGAUUACUUCUCGACGCCCUCGUUUUGGUGGUCGCAACUGCCCAAGCUGGCGUGCAUGAUGGUGGUGUCGUUAAUCGGAGGGCUGAUCUGCCGCGCGUUCUGCUCCGUGGACAAUAAGGGCUACAUCAUCACCAACAAGAGCUCUGCGUUCAAGGUCAACUACACGCGCAAGUUGCAGCACUUUGCCGCCUACAUGGUGCCUCUGGUGCUGCACACCAACUUCCACGGGCCGCUGGCGCUGGCGUGGGGCGACUUCUUCACCAUGAUCGGGUUCCUCGUGCUCAUCAAGCCCGUGCGCGAGGCGCUAUCCGUCUUUAUGCUCCAGUUCAACUCUCUGGACCGGCCCGAAGACCGCCCGCACACGCUUAAGUGGAUCAUCGCAGGCAACAUUGCACCGGGGCUGCUCAUCCUCAUGUUCUUCAAGUGGCUGUUCGCCGAGAACGGAGACCUGGUGUACAUCAUCGUGUUCAUUACGGGCGUCGGCGACGGACUCGCCGAGCCCGUGGGCAUCAUGUGGGGCAAACACAAGUACAAGACCACCGCGUGCUUCUCGUCGCGCGCGUACACCCGCAGCUGGGAAGGGUCGGCAUGCGUGUUUCUGUCGGGCAUGAUCUUCCCCGCGCUACAGUACGCCGACUUCGACAACUUCACCCAAGUACUCGUGUCCAUGCUCGUGUUGCCCCCCACGAUGGCGUACGCCGAAGCCAUCGCCCCCCAUACCAUGGACACCCCCGUGCUCAUGAUCGGAUGCGGCGUCAUCCUGUGGUUCAUCACGUCCUUUAUCUAGAAAUAUCUCCUUACUACAUGUUUGGAGCAUUCGUAGUGUUAGAACUCCCAAACAGCACUACUACACCUUUUUUUGCAGUUAAAAUGAACAUAAGUACUUAUGCCAAG